CCAAUGCUUAAACUUGAGUAGUACGUGAGAGAGUGGUGGAAGGGCGGGCCGCCGGAACACCCUCCCUCGCCGUCCCAAACCCUAGCGGCGGCGGCGCCGGCGCCGCUGAGCCUCCAGUUCCUGCCACCUUCUACAGCCUCCAGCCCGCGCCUUCAUCCCUCGCUCCUAUGAGGUGGCUACCCCGGCUGCUCUCCCACGCGGCCGCCGCCAGGAGGAUACCGGCGAGAACCACCACCAGCCACACCAGCGGCGGGCGCGGCGGCGUUCCGGGCGUCGGUGCGGUUGCCGAGGCCGUGGUCCGGUCCGAGGAGCCCAAGAGGCGGCCGGAUGCGGCCAAGAGGACGAGGAGGGCCGUGGUUCCGUCCGAGGAGCUGAAGAAGCACCCGGAUGCGGCCAAGAGCCCCGCGGCUGCUGACGCCGUGGUCCGAUCCGAGGAGGAGCCCAAGAAGCGGCGGCGGGGUGCUGACAAGAAGCCGAGGAAGCGGCGCGCGGUCUCCAAGAGCGGUGGCGCGGGGGUCUCGCUCGCUCGUCUCGCUAACGCUGCUCGCGCGUUCGUCAACUCCAAGUUGGAGGUGCUGGGGGAUUCGUUCCUGAGGUCUUUGCAGACGGCCGGCAAGGAAGAUAAAGCGGCGUCGACGAGCUACCAGCAUGGAGAAGAACUAGACCUCGCGCGCGUUCAGGACAAACUGCAGCCUCUACUCUCAAGGGCGAAUCUGAUCAUCACCAGGCGUGCACAAUGGGCAAAUAUCAUGUUUCGGUUCCAGCAGGAGACUAGAUACAUCAUAAAGGAUCCACGCACUCCUCGCAGAAAAACUCCUGUUGGUCUUAUUCGAGAGAAAAGCAACUUCAUCCUUAGGCAGCUACUUAGGUCGAGACGGCCAUUCAUUGCAGAAUUUAUUGAUCACAAGGGUAAAGAGAUAUUCACGGUUCGCCGUCCUUUUUGGUGGAUCAGCAGCUCCAUUUAUGCAGAAAUGGAUGGUAAGGAGAUAGGUGUAGUCCACAGCCGUUGGCAUCUUUGGCGUAGAAUUUAUGACUUGUACUUAGGGAAUAGGCAAUUUGCUAUGGUGGAAAAUCCUGGAUUUUGGAGCUGGACCUUUACCUUGGUUGACGAGAAUGAGAAUGUAGUAGCCAAGAUUCAACGCGAGGCGAGGGGAAUUGGUUGGCAGGUCUUCACGGAUGCUGGUCAGUAUACAAUUUCCUUUGGCAGUGUUGGUAAUAGCUGGAGUUUUAUUGAUCCUGAAGAUGCGGAUAAAGUUCAUACUUUUACCGCGCUGCCUUUACCUGAAAGGGCUGUCACUCUCGCUCUUGCAGUGUCCCUAGACCAUGAUUAUUUCACUAGGAGAUUGGGCUGGGGACUUCGUUCCAUCUUCGGCGAAUGAUGAAUUGAUUUCUGAACAGGCCUGCUACUGUUGGCGUUUAUUGUUGAGGUCAUUGCAAAAGCAUGAAAAGUGCUCCAUCCUCUUUUUUGCGCCUAACCAUAUUUAGUUGUUCCCUUCGUAUGGAACUCCUAAGGCAGAGGUUGCUAGAGAAGUUAGCUCUUUCAUCCAACAACUCUGCUGGCUUGACACUGUUUUUCUAACUCCACCAUUUAGUUUGAUGUAAUGGUGAAUCCCACGUGCUACGAUGAAUUGAAUCAGUAGUGGGAUA